CCCCGCCGCCCCCGCCGCCCCCGGAGCCCGGCCGGUUUCGGAAAUGCCCUUACAGCAGCAGGCAAAGCGAAGGCUGGAGCUGGGAGAAAGCGGUCAUCAGUACCUCUCAGAUGGCUUAAAAACCCCCAAGGGCAAAGGAAGAGCCACACUGCGAAGUCCAGAUAGUCCAAAAAAAAAAACACGGUAUGACACAUCACUUGGUCUGCUCACCAAGAAGUUCAUUCAGCUGCUGAGCCAGUCCCCUGAUGGGGUCUUGGAUUUGAACAAGGCAGCGGAGGUGCUGAAAGUGCAAAAGAGAAGAAUCUACGACAUCACCAACGUGCUGGAAGGCAUCCACCUCAUUAAGAAGAAGUCGAAAAACAACGUGCAGUGGAUGGGCUGCAGUCUGUCUGAGGAUGGGGGCAUGCUGGCCCAGUGUCAAGGCCUCUCAAAGGAAGUGACCGAGCUCAGCCAGGAAGAGAAGAAAUUAGAUGAACUGAUCCAAAGCUGCACCCUGGACCUCAAGCUGCUAACCGAGGAUUCAGAGAAUCAAAGGUUAGCUUAUGUUACAUAUCAAGAUAUUCGAAAAAUUAGUGGCCUUAAAGACCAAACUGUUAUAGUUGUCAAAGCCCCUCCAGAAACAAGACUUGAAGUGCCUGACCCAAUAGAGAGCCUACAAAUACAUUUGGCAAGUACCCAAGGGCCCAUUGAGGUUUAUUUGUGUCCAGAAGAGACAGAAACACACAGUCCAAUGAAAACAACCAACCAAGACCACAAUGGGAAUAUCCCGAAACCCCCUUCCAAAGACUUGGCUUCAACCAACUCAGGACAUAGCGAUUGUUCAAUUUCUAUGGCAAACCUUUCUCCUUUGGCCUCCCCAGCCAACCUCUUACAGCAGACUGAGGACCAAAUUCCUUCCAACUUAGAAGGACCAUUUGUGAACUUACUGCCUCCCCUGCUCCAAGAAGACUAUCUCCUAAGCCUUGGGGAGGAAGAAGGCAUCAGUGAUCUCUUUGAUGCUUAUGAUUUGGAAAAGCUCCCACUGGUGGAAGACUUUAUGUGUAGUUGAUUAUGCUUUGUGUGAACUCCCCUUAUAAACCAAUAUUUUUUUAUUAUGGAACCAGAACAUCUGUCAUGCAGUGUUGUCCCUUCCUACCUUCUUCCUCCGAGAUAGUAUCAUGAAGUAAACUACAAACUUCAGAACAAAGCUGACAUUUUAAUGAAUUUAAAAAAAAAUUUUUUUUUUUUUUUUUUUUGUCUACACGCACAGUUGCAGGCUCCCUUGGGAAAGCCCUGCUUUGCCCCAGGCUCCAAAAAUCUCCUGGAUGAGUCAGCAAGUGAGAAAAUGUGCAAUCAGGUGUCUCUCACCCGUAUUUUUCUUCCCUCCCUCCCGGAUUGGCUUGCUGUGCCUGACGGAUGGGCUGUAGAAUGGGGUCUGGCCACCUGGCCCACUCAAAAAACAGCAAUCUUCCUUAAUAGCAUUUCAAGCCGUGCCUUCUCCGCGGAAUGCAUGUCUUUGGGGUCUGCUAAUAUGGAAUGGAACGGCAGGAACUGUAAACUUGACGUCAUGCAAAAGAAUGAAAUGGAUUUCUUCAGCUCUUCUUAGGAAUAUUUAAAUUACUGUCAUAAUUCAGUGUAAGCUAUGGACCUCGUGUCCCGCCAGGAGGUCAAGAGAACCUGCACAGCCUUUCAGAUGAAGAACCUGUUUGCCGACAUUUGUUGCAGGUACAGAAGAACCGGUAGAGUUCUGCUACUCGAAGCUGUUGUGGAUUUUCCUGUCUCCAUUAACCACUCCCAAUCCCCUGCCCCCAACGUAUUUGUAAGUUUAAAGUUGAUUUGUAGCAAAUGCUUACUUAGGAGUUUUCUGUGGAUUGUUUUAGCCUUUUUUUUUUUUUUUUUUUUAGCUGCCAUUUAAGCAUUCCUGUGGCACCCAGCACCAUUUCAAUUUAAUUGUUUACUUUGAAACGGUUUUUGCUAAUUCAAAUUAUUUCAGCAGAGGUAGAGGACCUCUACUGAUCAGAGCAUCUAAACGUGUGUGAUCCAAGGUUUAACAGCCUCUGCAAGAACCAUUGCCCCGUCUCGCUUCCUUUCCCAGGACGGGGAGCUUGGAGCCAGUCGGUCCUGGGGCUCGCGGACAUGGGUGGCCCAUCUGAGAGGAGAACCAGGUCAGAUGACAUAGCAGUCCCAAGGAGCAGCAGGUGUGGAUCCCUCCGUCCUUGGGCUUCCUGGCCCCGUGACCGGGGCAAGGGCUCUCUUACACUGCACUCAGGGAGACCACUUCUCAGGAUGGGGUCAGAUAGAGAGGCCUCGGGGGACAAAGACAUCCCCACCGUGUGAGUGGCAUUCUGUCAGUGGCAUUUACUCAAAAGCUGGUGAGAACAGGGCGCUCCCACUGCGUCAGGGGCUACAAUCGUCCUGGCCCAGAACCCCCAUUCCCCUUCCUCUGUGAAGGAGUAAGCUGGACCAAGGGAAGUCUGGACAUGGAAAAAGAAGUGAUAGAAUGCCAGGGCAUCUCCCUCUUUACUCUUCAGGAAUGGUGUCCCCCAGUCGGAGGCUUCAUGUCAGCUGCACAUCCUACCAGUCGUGUCCAGGAAUGGCUUGCCCACUGGCCCCGGGGAGAGCCCCUUCUCUUGCUGGGCACAUGGCAUGGUACCUCAGAUCCAUUCCUUGGAUCCUGAAGACUGCAGGAAUGAGGGAGUCAUGUUAAAGAAAAAACAAACAAACAAACAAACAAAAAAACCACAAACCUCAAAACGAAACAGUUAAAUUGAAAUGCUAUGUGCCUGACACAGUAGCACUCGAUUCUCGAUUCGUGUGUUUAAUUGAAUCGAAAAUAUCCCUUAGGAAAAACACAAAACAAAACCACGAAAGCCCCAGCCAGUUUACUCUAGGUAGAUUUCCACAAUAUGCAAAGUGGUGGUGGGGUCAAAACAAAUGACACCAGCACUUUAAACUAUUUGUGUGGGUAUGCGUGGGUGUAUGUUUGGGAAGAAAAACAAAGGUGCAGAUUAUCCUCCUUUUUCUUCUUUGGCCUCCUCCAUCCCAGCCUCCUCCCUCACACACACUGGAUUUGGUACAAAUAGCAGUGUGGUCUGUGAUGAAGCAUUGGGGUGGGGGAGGGAGGGGGAGCUUUGUGUCAAGUGCCUACUGGAAAUGCACUGUGGGGUUUUUUCCUGUACGGGAAACCGUUUAUGCCAAGCUUUUCCCCAUUUCCCAUAUUUAUCUCAUCUGGUUAGCUGCCUCUGCUUCCAGCUUUGUAUGAUUCUCUUUGCCAGCUUGCACAAAGCUGAUUUUUUUCCAAAGUCUAAAGACUGAGCUCACCUGGCUAGGUUGUUGUGUGUGCUGUUGGCUUUCUUGUUAAGCCUUUUCGUCCUGUAAUAAUGCCGUAUUUAUUGUUUGAAAAAUGAAAGGAAUACUAAUACUAAUAAGUUUUAAAAGUUCCUUCAUGCAUAAGAUUUUUCCAGUUAGUGGGCUGAACUGGUGUGCAUCAAUGAGAUGUCCAUGCUGUAUUCUGUUUGCAUUUACCCAUUUUUCUUUCUGAUAUAGUAUCUGGCACACAAAGUGGGUUAGUACUACAGUAUUUGUGUUACUUUAAGUACGAAGUAUGCAGGUUUUCUGGUACCACUGAGUUGCUGCUAUUAAUGCUCACACAUGAAAUGGCUAAAAGUUACAAGUGUGCGAAUUAUGACUGCGUGAGCCUUACAAAAUUAAGUGUAUAAAGGGCAACACAUGAGCUGUCAAACAGUGUUAGGUGUGUGUUCAUAUGUACAGAUCUGUGCAUAGCGAUUGUUUUAUUUAAGUUGAUAUGUAGUCUACUCACACUUUCAUUAUCUAGCAAUUUUGUACAAAAAAAAAUAGCAAUUAAUUUGUAAACACUGCCAGAAUAUUUUCUAGCUGGUUUGUAAUUUUUUAAGAGUGUUCUAUUUUGUUUCUGUUUUGUUGUUGUUGUUGUUGUGGUUCUUGUUUCCGUUUUUUGUUGUUUAAGUGUAGAUCUGUAAAUAAAGCUGCAGUAUUUAAAGCUUUAGCUUUCAGGAAAAAGAAAGAACUCGAUGUGUGCAUGACAGCCUGUGUGUGAGAGGAGGGAUUUGAAGGAACACGGAUUGCAAGAGUGAGUCGGGUGGCAAUAGUCAGAUUGUGGGAAUUUCUUUUCCUAUGGGGUACGUGAUUUUGUCAAAAGGAAGUAUUUCUCCCAAAAUUGGGAGUAGGCAAACUACUAAUCGGUUUAGCUUUGUGUUGUAUGCUAGUUUAAAAAAGAAAAUAUGUAAUAUAAUGUAAAAAAAAAAAAAGCUUUUAUGAUGGAUUUUGUAAAUAGAUUUGUUACAGGGUAACCUGUUCUCUAGCUGUGAUCUUACCACUUAAAAUGGGUGUAAUUUGAAUAAAUUUUGUAUGGUAAAGGAUCAAUAAAAUGAUUUUUUUUAAGAGUU